UUCACUAUCUUCAGAUUGUGAAUAAGUGGAACACAGCUCUUAUUGGCCUUAUGACAUACUUUCGGGAGGCUGUGGUGAACACCCAGGAGCUCCUGGACUUGCUGGUGAAGUGUGAGAACAAGAUCCAGACACGAAUCAAGAUUGGCCUCAACUCCAAGAUGCCAAGUCGCUUCCCCCCUGUCGUGUUCUACACCCCUAAGGAGUUGGGUGGACUUGGCAUGCUCUCAAUGGGCCAUGUGCUCAUCCCCCAGUCUGACCUCAGGUGGUCCAAGCAGACAGAUGUAGGUAUUACACACUUUCGUUCAGGAAUGAGCCAUGAAGAAGACCAGCUGAUUCCCAACUUGUAUCGCUACAUACAGCCCUGGGAGAGUGAGUUCAUUGAUUCUCAGCGGGUCUGGGCUGAGUAUGCACUCAAGAGACAAGAGGCCAUUGCGCAGAACAGACGACUGACCCUAGAAGAUCUAGAGGAUUCAUGGGAUCGUGGCAUUCCUCGAAUCAACACCCUCUUCCAGAAGGACCGGCACACACUGGCUUAUGAUAAGGGUUGGCGUGUCCGAACUGACUUUAAGCAGUACCAGGUUUUGAAGCAGAACCCUUUUUGGUGGACACACCAGCGGCAUGAUGGAAAGCUCUGGAACCUGAACAACUACCGUACAGACAUGAUCCAGGCCCUGGGUGGUGUGGAAGGCAUUCUGGAACACACUCUCUUCAAGGGCACUUACUUCCCUACCUGGGAGGGGCUUUUCUGGGAGAAGGCCAGUGGUUUUGAGGAGUCUAUGAAGUGGAAGAAACUAACCAAUGCUCAGCGAUCAGGAUUGAACCAGAUUCCCAAUCGUAGAUUCACCCUCUGGUGGUCCCCAACCAUCAACCGAGCCAACGUAUACGUAGGCUUUCAGGUGCAGCUGGACCUGACAGGUAUCUUCAUGCACGGCAAGAUCCCCACGCUGAAGAUCUCUCUCAUCCAGAUCUUCCGAGCUCACUUGUGGCAGAAGAUCCACGAGAGCAUCGUUAUGGACUUGUGUCAGGUGUUUGAUCAGGAACUGGAUGCACUGGAAAUUGAGACAGUACAAAAGGAGACAAUCCACCCCCGAAAGUCCUAUAAGAUGAACUCUUCCUGUGCAGAUAUCCUGCUCUUUGCCUCCUAUAAGUGGAAUGUCUCCCGGCCCUCAUUGCUGGCAGACUCUAAGGAUGUGAUGGACAGCACCACCACUCAGAAGUAUUGGAUUGACAUCCAGUUGCGCUGGGGGGACUAUGAUUCCCAUGACAUUGAGCGCUACGCCCGGGCCAAGUUCUUGGACUACACCACAGACAACAUGAGUAUCUACCCUUCACCCACAGGUGUGCUCAUUGCCAUCGACCUGGCCUAUAACCUGCAUAGUGCCUAUGGAAACUGGUUCCCUGGCAGCAAGCCCCUCAUACAGCAGGCCAUGGCCAAGAUCAUGAAGGCAAACCCUGCCUUGUAUGUGUUACGUGAACGGAUCCGCAAAGGGCUGCAGCUUUAUUCAUCUGAGCCCACUGAGCCCUAUCUGUCCUCUCAGAACUAUGGUGAGCUCUUUUCCAACCAGAUUAUCUGGUUUGUGGAUGACACGAAUGUCUACAGAGUGACUAUCCAUAAGACCUUUGAAGGGAACCUGACCACCAAGCCCAUCAAUGGGGCCAUCUUCAUCUUCAACCCGCGCACAGGGCAGCUGUUUCUCAAGAUAAUUCACACAUCUGUGUGGGCUGGACAGAAGCGUUUGGGGCAGUUGGCUAAGUGGAAGACAGCUGAGGAGGUGGCUGCCCUAAUCCGAUCUCUGCCAGUGGAGGAGCAGCCCAAGCAGAUCAUUGUCACCAGGAAAGGCAUGCUCGAUCCAUUGGAGGUGCACUUGCUGGACUUCCCCAAUAUUGUGAUCAAAGGAUCAGAGCUCCAGCUCCCCUUCCAGGCUUGUCUCAAGGUGGAAAAGUUUGGGGAUCUCAUCCUUAAAGCCACUGAGCCGCAGAUGGUUCUCUUUAACCUCUAUGAUGACUGGCUCAAGACUAUCUCAUCUUACACGGCUUUCUCCCGCCUCAUCCUGAUUCUGCGUGCCCUGCAUGUGAACAACGACCGGGCGAAGGUGAUCCUGAAGCCAGACAAGACUACGAUCACAGAACCACACCACAUCUGGCCCACUCUGACUGACGAGGAGUGGAUCAAGGUGGAGGUGCAGCUCAAGGACCUUAUCUUGGCUGACUAUGGCAAGAAAAACAAGUGAGCAGUGGUGGGGAUAC